AUGACGACCGCUGAAGAGACCGGCAGCCCGCCCCCUCAGUCGACAGCAAGUCCAGAACUUCUCUCUUUCGACUUUACCAAGAUCGACUACGAGCUCGAUCGAGCCCGAACAAUCGGCACAGGACUUUGGAGCACAGUCUACUAUGCGCAACCCACAGUGAAAUCGCCACAACGGACACGACAUGAUGUACCAUCACCGCCCGCUACGCCUCAAUCGAAAGUCGAUUUACCUCCUUGUGGUCUUUUCGCAGUCAAAACAGCUUCCCGGCCUGACGCGAAACCUAUCUUCCGACAAGAAGCCAAAACUCUGACAAAGCUCCAGCAAUCAGAAGCAGCCGACAACUUCAUCGUCCCCUUCCACGGCCUCGACGAGCGAGUCGACUCCCUAAUCUUCGAAGGCGUCCUCGGCGGCUCACUCGAAUCCCUGGUGCGUCGAGUCUCAGUCAUGACCGAACUGGAACGCCACCUACAACUCCGCAGCCAAUUCCCCAAAAUCGCCAACGACCUCAUCAGCGGACUGGAGUUCAUCCACGGCGCUGGGAUCGUGCACGCCGAUAUCAAACCAGCGAACAUACUACUAGACGUCUCUCACCACGACCAGGACUUACUGAUCGUUCGAGCGCGGUAUAUCGACUUCUCCGCCUCCUUUGCCGCCGGUGAAGACUCCACGUCGAACGCGGGAGGGACGUGGGAUUACAUGGCCCCCGAACAGCUCUCGAUCCAAAAAGACAUCAGCACUCCUACCUUCGCUAGCGACGUCUGGAGUCUCGGCAUCAGCCUCCUCUUCCUCAUCGUCGGCGACUCGCCAUACCGCGCUACCUGCGGCGACAACCUCUUCCGCCUCCGCGACUCCAUCAAGCGCGGUGAUCCGCUCGGUUUCGCGCGGAGAGAUCCCGUGGUGAAGAAGCGCAUGGCAGCUGCUCAGGACUUUGUCGACUGCUGUCGGCUUGCUUUGCAGAAGGAUCGGGAGAGGAGAUUGAGCGCGGGCGCAUGGAUGCGGUGGUUGGGGACGGAGGAGCUGGUGUGA